UGCCGGUGCUGCACCUGCUUGCGUCGUCUUCCCUCGCUUUCCUCACUCUCUCCCUCGCUCCCUCUAUCUGGUUGGGUAAGGAGAGCGCUGGCUUCUUCUCCGGCGAUGGGAUGCACCGAGAAGCAGCGCCCGGCCAGCGCGGUGGGCGCCAAGACGGCGCGACCCUGCGAUGGUUGCCUCCGCCGACGCGCCCGGUGGUUCUGCGAGGCCGACGACGCCUUCCUUUGCCAGGCCUGCGACGUGUCCGUCCACUCCGCCAACCCUCUUGCCCGCCGCCAUCGCCGCGUCCGCCUCAAGACUGCCUCCUUCUCCGGCUUUUUAUCUACGACGGAGGAUGGGCUGGGCGAUCAUGCGACGCCCUCGUGGCUUCAUGGCUGCAAGCGCAAGCCCAGAACCCCUCGUGGCAAGCCGGGAGUUGCCGGAGCACCCACGGCGGCCAAAGUGGAGUCCCUCGUGCCCGACCUCGAGGCGUUAUCGGCGGAGGAGAACCAAUUCAACGAGGAGGAUCAGCUCCUCCACUGCGUGCCCAUCCUUGACCCUGUUCUCGCCGAGCUAUUAUCCCAGCCUCACCACGACCACGCCAACGGUUCGGAAACAGAGGCGAAGCCGGCCGUGCAGCUCUUGGAGCAGGCUCACGUCUCCGCCGUCCCCACCGCUAACGGUCUUGGGGGUUUUCAUGCCUCGGACUUGGAGCUCGAGCAGUUUGCGUCGGACAUGGAGGUCUUGCUUGGAUCGGGGCUCGACAACGACUCCUUCUGCAUCGACGGGCUGGGUUGGAUGAACGGCACGGUGGAGGACGACAGCGACGGACAGGUGAAGGUGGAGGUGGACUUGGACGUCGCCGGGACGAGCAGCAAUUUCAGAAUGGAGAUGGACCUUCCCAAGUGGAAACUGGACCUCGGUUUCGACUCACUGAUGAUGGCAGUCGAAGUGGACGAGCAUAAGCCACUGCAGCAGGCGGAGACGGCUUCAGACAACUACAGGGCGGAGGCAGCCGCGAAGAGGAAGAUGAUACUGAGGCUGGACUACGAGGCUGUCAUCGCCGCUUGCUCUUCUAAUGUGUUGUCGCUGUGGAUAGAUGGGGUGAGACCGGAUUUCGAUCCCAACGAUUCAUGGCCGGACGUACCAGCGAUGGCAGGAGGAGCAGCAGCGAUGAAGGAGAUGCAUUAUCAACAGGAGGUGGCUCACGCGGCGGACGAAGGAAGGGAGGCGAGGGUGUCGAGGUACCGGGAGAAGCGGAGGAGGAGGCUGUUCUCGAAGAAGAUACGGUACGAGGUGCGGAAGCUGAACGCGGAGAAGCGGCCGAGGAUGAAGGGCCGGUUUGUGAAGCGGCCGGCGUUCCCAGCCGCCUUAGCCUGUCGAUGAAACAGGAGCCGUCGAGCCCUUAGACUUGUAGAAUACCUUAGAAUAGUUAGUCGUCUCUCCUUUCUUAUGCUGAGAAAGGGCAGAUCUACUACCUACCACAUGCAACCUUAGAGCAUGGCUACGUAGUUAUCUGGAAUUGCCUAAGAAGAGUACUAGUUUUUGUGCUGUCAGUGCAAGCAGGAAUUAGCGUAGAAUUAUCAACGGUAGUUGAUAUGUUGUAUAGAUAUGAAGAAAUUUGGGACUCUCUACUACAGUACUAGUACAUGAAAUUUGCUGAAGCAACUGUGAAGAUUGAGAUCA